CCCCAUUCAUUUUUUUUUUUCGCAGAAGCGGCUGCGGCUCCCCCUCAAAUUGAGGCUCUGGAUUUAUCCUUAGGUGCAAUUUUAUUAAAUAAAACAAUCAAAAAAAUUAAGCCGCAAAUGCCAGCUGUAAAUAAUACUAUUACGCCGUGAUAAGAUUUGAAUUUUAAAGAUUUGAUUUAGGAGCUAUCUGGCACUUCCUCACUUCAGUGACAGGCGUUAUCUAUUCUAGUGCUUUCAUGGUGUAGUACAGCUCGGUAAAGAUUUUAUGUUGUAAAUUAAGUAGGAUUUUUAUUUUCCAUAUCGCUUUUAAAUUUAAUUUCUUGUAUAAUGCGGAAAUAUUUUCGAGCACCGAAAAGGUCAUUUUUUGGUCUGCUGUUUCUGUUUUCUCUCUCCACCUCCGCAAUUUACUUCAUCUAUUCAGCACCGGGAAUCGUGAAUGAGUACUUGUUCAUGGUCCAAGCUCGGGGAAUCCAGUUCCGAGAGAACAUGAGGACAAUUGGAGCUCAAGUUUAUGAGCAGGUAGUCCGUGGGGCUUAUAGCACCUUCAAUGGCACAGAUUAUCCUUAUGACUUUAACAUCAGUGACCCAUACAUCCAAACUACAACUUUCCUACCAGAGGGCUUUACAUAUCAUCCCAAUGAGACAUGUCCGGAAAGACUCCCCUCAAUGAAGGGCGCUGUGGAUGUGAACAUGAGCGAGAUAGCACUGGAGGAGGUGGAGCAGUGGCUGCAUGAGGACCCUAAUCUCCUGCCAGGGGGGCACUGGAAGCCCAGUGACUGCAUUCCUCGCUGGAAGGUGGCCAUUCUUAUUCCUUUCCGAAAUCGUCACGAGCAUCUCCCAGUGCUCUUCAGACACCUCAUCCCAGCUCUGCAGAGGCAACGGCUUCAGUUUGCCUUCUACGUUAUUGAGCAGGCAGGAACGCAGCCCUUUAACAGAGCCAUGCUGUUCAACGUGGGGUUUCAGGAGGCAAUGAAGGACCUGAAUUGGGACUGCUUCAUCUUCCAUGACGUUGACCACAUCCUAGAGAAUGACCGCAACUACUACGGCUGUGGAGAAAUGCCCCGGCACUUCGCCGUCAAGCUCAAUAAGUACUCCUACAUGCUGCCAUACAAUGAGUUCUUCGGGGGCGUCAGUGGUCUGACUGUGGAACAGUUUAGGAAAAUCAAUGGCUUCCCAAAUGCAUUCUGGGGCUGGGGAGGAGAGGACGAUGACCUCUGGAAUAGGGUUCAAUUUGCUGGAUAUACAGUUAGCCGGCCUCCGGGUAACAUUGGGAGGUACAUGUCUAUUCCUCACCACCACAGAGGAGAAGUGCAGUUCCUGGGCAGGUACUCUCUGCUGCGACAUUCCAAAGACAGGCAAAGCCGGGAUGGACUGAACAACCUUAAGUACUACCCUGUUGUCUCCCAGAAGGCCCUGUUCACCAACAUCACGGUUAACCUGAGCCCAGAGCUGGCUCCUGUUGCCGACUACUGACCGAUUCACAGAGACGGCUCCAAGUGUUGCUUUACAACAGCACAAGCACUCUUGAAAGUUUCAAGCGACGCUUAACGUAAUCAUCGGGUUUAACACAACAGUCACAUUCAGAGACCUUUUAUUUUUGGUUCCUGGGGUUGAGUUUCUGAAAGGAGGCUUCACCUAUUGAUCCAGCAAAUAUCAAUAGAUUGAGUGUCAACACAACCUGGCACUCCUGCUCCACUGUGUUUUUUAUUGUGUUUUUGUGCCUCCACCUGACAGCAGGCCUUGUUUAAAGGAAUGGUGGCCUUGGCCCACUCACUUUCAUUGACUUCAUUCGUUUCUGUUUGCAUUGACUUUUGUCGUACCAGCAUGUGAAAUGGCAAAACGUGCUCCCAUAGGCAACACCUCGAAGCAAAACAAAGUGCACAGGGUCUUGUUUGAUUUAUUCCAGUGUGGAGGUCUCCUUUCUGAAUGUUCCAUUAUUGAGUAACACAAACAGCAAAAGCGAUAUGAUUCCAGUGCACAUGCAAACAUGACCAACACGUUUGUUGUGCAUUCGUACAUCGGCAACGGUCCUUGAACAUGUGUGGGUUUGGGCACAUUACCAGGACAGAAAGCGUGCGUGUGCAACAACUUCGGUUCUCUCUUAUCCUUCACACCAGGGCGUGGUGUCGUUGUCCAUACGGCAAGAGUUUACUGUUGUGGACCCAUCACAAGAGAAUAUAGAGAGCAUGCAUUUCACCAGCUCUGUGUGCUGAACUGUACACUGAAGAACUUUCCCUGCACUGAAAUGAAGAAUAUUUACAAUUAUUGUCAACAUGGGAGCAGCAUUUAGGGACACAGCAGCUGGUUCUGCUUGUGGAUUGUAGGUUAUUUAAAAAGAACCUCUCUUGGAGGGGAAUAGUGACACUGGGAAAUAGUUUAAGGAAAGGGAGUGUCUUGCAAUGGAAUUCAGAACAUUCGUUUGUGGUGACUGUUGUCAUGGAAUUUUGUCAUGCAUGGAGGACACUUCCUGGACAAAAUAGCUGAAUCUGUGCCACCAGUCUUCCUUGUCCUGUGGGAUUAGCUACUGUCCGUACAGCACUAUGUCCUUUGACUUCUCAGAACUGGCCACACUGAAGCUGCUAUUGAAAAACAAAUCUUCAGAAACGACCCUUAAUCUCAAGCAAUCACUCAAGUGUCCACUAGUUUAUGUGUCAUCAAGGGUUGGCGCUCACACUUUUGUGUGCUGCAGGCCAUUUCCAACUCUUUUAAGAAUGUAUUUGAAUGUACAGGGGUGUAUCUAUAUGCUUUACUAGCAGUGUAAAAUAUCUGCAGGUGUUGGAUGGGUUCCCCCCCCCCCAGAAAAAAACAGUAGACAAGUGAAAUAUUGUGGAUAUCUAAAAAGCCAGCCUUCAGUGGCCUUGAGCAUUCACAGCCUCAUGCUUCAUAUUGUGUCCAGAUGAAGGGUAUCCAAGAAGUUGCUUUGAUUACUUCACCAGCCUCCUUGAGCAAUGUGCAACCAAUUUGCAUAUCACUUCUUUAAAAAACAACUUCAGAAAAUGUUCCUGCCAGAAGGCAGAGGUUUUUAUUUAGAAAAAUUGUUACUUUCACACCUUUUUGGCAAUGUGGUAUCUUAUGUCAGUGUUAAACUCUGUAUCCUGUAUAUGAUAUAUAGUUCAGUGUGAAACAGACGAAUGUACCUGUCUGGGGUUUCCACAUUAAUUCCACUUUUAGAGAAUGUAAGAUUUAAAUGCGUGUAUUGCUUGAGGCUGCAGUGUAACACUGACAUGUUCUUAAUAUUAGGUUUCCAGCGUUCUGUGUAUAAAUAGAAAAUACUCUGGGUUUUGGAGGAAUCGGUUGUACUGUAACAGCAGUGGUUCCAGGCAGAUUUAUAACAGAGUAGACAGUUUUUAGUAUUCAGUCAUUUCUGAGCUGUUAAUUGUUGGCCACAUAAAUUAUCCAGAAUUCUCAAUCAACUAUUUAAUAAUUAGUACUGUUAAUGGAAUUAGGACACAAUGACAUUGUUGAUGUGUCUGUCCUACAAGCACACAAGCCUUUGUGACUAAAAAUACAUAAAAGAAUAAAAAUAAUUAUAGAAAAAUUAAAAGUAAAACAAACAGAUUUACUCUGCAAUAUUCUUUACCAUUACUUUGUUCAGCCUCCACAAUACUAUAAUUAUGGUGAAAACAAUGUGAAAUCAGAAGUGAUUCUUCAGUUUUCUUAAAAUUUCACUGAACUGCAAAUAUAAUCCUAAAUUACAGGGACAUGUAGAGUCAGAUUUUUAAACUAAAAGACUUUGAAAGGAACAAUGCUUUUGAAAUAAACACCUUGGUCUUAGUAUAUUACUGUUUUUUCCAAAACAGCACAAUUUAUUUUCUUCUGCUUAAUUAAAAUGGCAGCUGAUGCCACAGUGUGGUCAUUUACAGUAGGUUUAGAAAAUAGAACUAGACUGUGUCCUCCAACUGCCCUCAACUAUGUUCAGAAGUAGAUCAGUUGUGAUAACAAUACAGUGACAGUCCUCAAAGCACAAUUCUCAAACACCUACCUUGAAUGGAAACUUUAAUUAAGGUUUAUUGAAGAUGUUUUAGUGUUACCCCCGUGAGUGUGUUUAAGCAAUACAAAGAAUUACAUUUACAUUAAUUACAUUUACAUUAAUUACAUUAACUAAUCAGCCAUUCUCCAUUCAGACUGUCUCCCUCUCACACACUGGCCUGUCCAGUGGACCACAAUAUGUGCUAAUUUAAUGUAGGUAUUCAAAACUGUUUUUAUUUCAUGCAUGUAUGACAUUUUAACUUGGGAAUACUUUGAACAUAUUAGUCUUCUAAAAUCAUUUAGUUCAGUUCAUCCUUGAGGUCUUAAAGUCAUGUAGGUUUUACACGUACUGAUUAGAACCUAAAAGCAAGAUCUGAUUUUUUAGAUGUUGCCCUUAUUACCGAAACGAAGGUGUAAUAUUGUGAGUUGAUGAUGGAAACUUUGAGACUAGCACACUCUUUGCAGUUACAAUGCUUUAUCUAACCCAAAAUGAUCUGCACUGCUCCAGCUAUAUUUAUAAAAUGUCUGUAUUUUUCUAUUGCAACAUUGAUUUGAUGUGGCUUUUAGUGUUUUGGAGACCAAGUAGAAAUAUUUGUUUUGCCAAGUUAGAGACUUGCUUAUUACAUGUACAUUUGUGUAACUGCCGAGCUGUAUUCCACAAACAUUGCCUGCUGUUCUCAAAGCUUUCAUCAUAAACUAGCUGGAAAUGCAGAAAAUGAGAAGGCUAUAACAUUUUUAUCAACUAUCAGUGCUCUUGACAAAGGUUGCUCAGUCAUACAGCUCUUAUUUUUGUUCUGUUUUGUAGUACGUGUUCUCUCCCCACACAGUUUCAGUGUAGAACACUUCCAGGUUGAGAACACUGUUGAAAACACUUUUUUGUUAUUUUACCUUUACAGAGCUUAGGUGUAUUACCAAAUAUACCUUAAACCCAUUCAGAAUCCAAAUCAACUAUUUAUGGAGUCUGAACCCAAUUAAUUCUGCCAGUAUAUGAGGCUGUUUAUGAGAACAGGCACAAACUCAAACGUUUUCAACAGUGUCUUUUCCUCAACUUUCACUUGGGUAAAUCUGUGCUUCAUUCCAGGGUCUGGAAUACAAGGUUGUGUAACUGUAAACCUGUCCGUAAAUCUAGUGCAAUCAAUGAUCUUGUGUAAAUAAGAGACCCCCUGUGACACUGAGCUAAUUCAUGGAGUAGAAACCCAUUAAAUUAAAAGAGGUGGAAUUGUGGUAUUUCUAAUCAGUUGUGCCUCCAAAAUGAAGUGAAUACACCUAUAUAACGUGCCCAAAACGUAUUUGUACACCUAGGUUACUAAUACCUCUUGGAAGCACUUCUAAUGCCUGUGCCAAAAGAACCACCUGUUAACUGACACUCUUAAAAACAGUCCUCAAAGCUGGCAUCUGAGAUUUCUGUCCAACAAUGCUAUUAUAACAGAAAUAGAGAUGUGAUAGUCUCUAUAAAUAGAGGAGAGGGAUACCAGAUCAAGGCUGGCAGCAAAUGUGCGUUUUAACCCAAAGGUAUUGGAACAGAAUGCUCUGAUCUAUUUACACUGCUUACAAUAUCUGGCAUCUCAUCUGUGGUUCAGUAUAAAAGCAUAGAUUACAUAGGGGUCUGCAGCUCCAGUCCUGGAGAGCCACAGUCCUUCAAUGUUUAUAGGCAGCCUUGAGCAGAGAUAUGGAAAGCAUGUUAACUAAUUAAGACCUUGUCUGGAAUAAACAGAAGUUAAUGUGGCCCCUGGGACAUGAUCUGCAGGCCUCUGACUUAGAAAAAUAAACCUGGGUUCUACUGGUACUUUUUCUUGAGUAACUGAUAAGCUAGUGCUGGUUUUAUCAUUCUUUUACCUUGACUGGUUUAUCUGAAAAGACAACACAAACUAAAUGUUUCUUUUUUCUAAUAGCCUUGAUUUCUGAUUAAUUGUGGUUUACAUUUUCGGGAUAAAUAGUUUUGUUGUAAUAAUAUUGCACAGAGGCAGGCCUCUUUUUUAAUUUUUGUUUUGUUGAAACGGAGCAGCUAUGGAUUUUUGACUCUGUGCUUGGUGUAUGUUUUCUUCCUGUGGGUUCAAAGUACAGCUCUGUUUUUAGACAGGGCACCAUUUUGAAUGAAGACUGUAAAGGAAAUAAAAAAUAGAACAUUUAUGAAGAAUACCUCCUUAAGCACCUCAUUUAGGCUCUCGUGCUGCUGCUGCUGUUGCUGUUAAUACCUCAGUUUUGUAUAUGCUCUGUGUAAUUUUGAUUUAAAAUACUUUCACUGUUUCUAAAGAAAAGAACCUGUGUUUUUGUUCAGGUGAGUUGGGAGCAGGUGAGAAAGGAGUAUAUUUUAAAAUGUCUUCUUUCUUACUUCUGAAAUUUUCAACCAGUCUGCAACACAGUAUGAAUUCAUGUAGCCAGUAAUGUUGAGGUGCUUACUGGGGUUGCUUAAUGAAAGUGUUCUAAAUCUUGUCUCCUAUAUUUAGUCUGAAAAAAAGGUGUUCUGUUGUGCAGAGUCAUACUGCUACAUUAAUCCAUCAAAGAAGAAAUGUCACACACGGGCCCUUCUCUAGACUGCCUUUGCUCUAGACUUGGAGGAAUCCAAUUCAGGCAACUGGAAUGAAGGGAUAGCUACUCCCUGAAUGGUUGGGGGCCUUAAAGACUUAAAUUAUUUUAUGCAUUUUUAUUUUUUAUAAAUUUAUUUAAUGUUCAAAAUAAAACCGAAAAAAUUAUACCUGUAUAUAUUUUGUUGUGUGUUACAUGUAGGUCCUUACAUAAUAGGCGUUAUCUACACAGGACUUUAGCUUUGAGUUCCCUUAAGCAGUCCUGCUUCAAAGAAUAGUGUAGUUAAAGGAGAAGUUAAGGUUUGCUGUUUCUAAACCAUGUUUGUCCUAAAGCAUGUUGGUAUCCAUUCCCAUUUCCUGUCCCUUUUUUAAAUGAAGCUCGAUUUGAUAUGCAGCCUUAUACUGUAGAGAUAAUUACUGAUAGUGGAAUAGUAAUGAUCCAGAGGUCACAUCCAGGGUCUGAUGUCUGUCUGAGCCCAGUAGAGUUUGUCCUCCCAGCAGAUGUGUUAUUUUUUUAGAAUAGGAUCCUUUUUGUUCCUCUUUUCCUAAGGGAGAUACUUACCCCCCCCAUUUCAAGACCUUGUUAAAUUGGGAAUCCCAGAUGCAGUAGGGUCAGAAAAUAUAGAGGGAGAAAUUGCAUGCGAUCACCAGCUGAUCAAGGGCCAGAGCCAGUUAGGUUUGGCUGGUUGGACAACCUUGAACAUUAUGGAUUCCCUGUAACAUCUAUCUCUAUGCAACUGCACUAUUACUAUUCCACCUCCAAAUUCAAGUCGUGAGUAUAAAAGCACACACAAUAUACAGUACAUGGGUCUUAUACAGCUUAUAAUGGUUCAAGGGUUUUCAGUUCAGUACUUUAAUUAUCUUGAUAUCUUAAACUUGUCCACAUUUUCCACCAUUACAUUCUAAAUCAUAAGAUGGCUCACUGGUGUAUUUAAAGGUUUCUUCUGGACUACCCCUGCACCUUCUGUCUUCAGUGCCAUAUUGGAUGAACAAUACAACCUUUAUAAUGAGCCCAUUUGUCACAUGCAUAAUUGAAACCUUGUAUCUGUACUAUUGCAUAUCUUGUUGACCAUAAAGAUUUGUAUGAUGCAGUGUUUUUUUAAUCAACCAAUAAAAUACAUCAAAAGAACAA